UAUGACAUUUUUAUUUUAAAAUCAUUAUUUGAAUAUGGCUACAUGAUACAUUUCAACAAUAUUUCUAUGAAUGAAUCACUGACAGAGACUCCUCCUCCAUCAGCCAAUCACUGUGGGCAUAGUUAGUAAGCUUGUUGACAUCAUCCAUAGCAACGAGGUCAACCCCGCCCUUACUCUUAGCUUAAGAGUUUUCUCUAUUCCUUAGUAAAAGUUUGUCUCAGCAGCUUUGUGAAUAGGUUUUAAGAGACAACUCUUAACUAAGAACUUUUAGUGCCUCUUCACAAACAAUCCUAAAAUGGCUGUUGCCGGCAAUCCACAUCGGAACGCAAACAUUUUAGAAAGAUUUAACGAUAACGAGCUUUUAAAAAGAUAUCGCCUUAAUCGCGGAGGUAUUAUGACUGUUGUCGAGCUGGUCAGGGACGCAGUCACUUCACCGACAAAUAGAAAUAACCCCAUAACACCGGAGAUCAAAGUUUUAACAACUCUGCGCUACCUGGCCACGGGGAAAAUGCAGCUGUGCAGCGCGGACGAACUACACAUAUCUCAGCCAUCCGUCAGCAGAAUAUUGCAUCAGACAAUAAAUGCCCUCUGUAGACGCCACAUCAUCCGACAGUUUAUAAGGUUUCCACUUGAUGUUCGCCAACUACACAGAAACAACGCCCACUUCAUGGACAUAGCUGGACUUCCCGGUGUAGUUGGUGUUAUAGAUGGGACACAUGUCCGAAUUAUUGCACCAUCAGAAGACGAACAUGCUUAUGUAAAUAGAAAAAAAAUCCACAGCAUUAACACUCAGAUAGUUUUUGAUGCUAGCUACACUAUUUUAGACAUUGUCGCAAAGUGGCCAGGCGCAACACAUGAUUCGCGGAUCCUACAGGAGAGUGGCCUGAGACUCCUUUUUGAGAGGCAUCAUGUGCCAGCUGGAUGUCACUUGUUGGGGGACAGUGGCUAUCCCUGCAGGACGUGGCUCCUCACGCCUUACAUCCACCCACAUCCUGGACCUCAGUUAAAUUACAACAGGUAAGCUCACAAAAUACUUGCGUUCUUCUGAAAUUAGCUAUAGUUAUAUUGGUCACCGGUGUUGGGCACGUUACUUUAAAAAGAGAAUUAUAUAGGCCUAGUUACUUCUCACAAAUAGUAACUGAGUAACAUCAUUAUAAAAGUAAUAAUUACCAGGGAAAGUAACUAUUGCGUAACUUCAGAUAUCAUAUGGCAAUUAACUUGGAUGCCCCCAAAAUUAAAUGUCUAAAAAUAAAUUAAUAAUAGGCUAAUAAUUAUAAUAAUUCAUUGCUAUUUUUUAAAUUCAUCUAUUUGAUUAUGAAAAGAAAACAGCAUGAGUAAGAUAGAAUACAUCAUA